AUGAAAACGAUAGAUCAGUUUUCAAAGACAUUGUUGAGAUCAGUAAAGAUAUUACAGUUGGAUGAGCCACCUAUUAAAAACGUUUUGUCAGAAGAGCUCCUGAGAGUGAUAAAUAUUUACAUACGAUCCAUGUACAGUUACAUGGAUAACAUUUGGCAAAAUAUCAUUCAGGAAGACAAAGCGGCCUUUUACGAAUUUCCUCAAAAUAUACUAUCACUAAAGAUUUUAAGUUUAUUUAAUUUGGAUUUACAGAUAAUGAAGGAAUUACCGAGUUCAAUGGUCCCCAACAAGGCGGCUUACAAUGUUAUGAAUCAAAAAACUUGUAAAAUUUGCUGUAAGGAGGUGAAUGAACCAGGAUUCAGUUUUGGAGAAUUGUAUUUAAGAGCAUUCUUUACAAACAAGGAUUGCCAAUGCGUUCAGAUUCCAGUGGUGGGAUUUCCUAUCAACUUGGAAACAAAAAUGUCCCAUUAUGUUUUAAACAACUAUUUAAUCCCUUUAUUAAGGAUUUCUGGUUUUGAAUUUGAACCCGAGGUUAAGUUACCAAUUAUAGGCAAGAAGUUCUUUAGAACUGACCUCGGGAUUUGGAAAAACGACUCACAGCAGUUCUUUGAAUACAAGCUACAAAGGCUUGACCGUUUCUUACACAAAAAGAAGGCUUUGCAUUCAUCUGUGUUUACCCAAGUGGUUGCAUGUAUGAUAGGUAUGAAGACCAAAAAUUGCUUCAUCAUUACCACCAGUUCAAUCAUCAAAGUGAAAUUUCGUGAAUGGGAACUUAAUUCGCAUGGAGUAAAACCAGCUUUUGCAAUUGAAACCUUCAAUUACGACACUGGUAAUAUCAGUGCUUUUGCCUAUAUAUUUCUCAAGCUCCAAAUCUCAGAGGACAUAUUAUUGAAAGAAAAUGAUAUCGAGAGACUAAAAGAGGUAUUGAUAAAAGGUUACGCUAGAAAUUUGCCAAAUGAUGAUGAAGAAGGGCCGGUCGAAGGUCUGAGCAAUCAGGGGCAUAAUUGA